AUGAAUAAUCACGAUGUUGAAAUUGGAAAAGAUGAAGUGCUGGACUUUGAGAGCAACAAUCCUCUUACACCUAUUGUUGGCAGCAACAUUCCAUGUUCUUCUCAAUCAUCACGUGUGAAUAAUGUUCGAGAUGAUGAAACUGGUUUUUAUAAGGGAAUGACAUUCAAGAUCAAGGAAGAGCUGGCAGAUUCAUUGAAAAUUGCUUGCUUGAAAAAAGAUUUUAGAUUGAAAAAGGUGAUCAAUUCUCGUAAUGUGUUUUCUUCUAAAUGUUCAUAUCCAGAGUGCAAUUGGUGGCUGAGGGCUGUAAAAUUUACAAAUAGUGACAGGUUUGUCAUUAGAAUCUAUGAAAAGUACUAUAUGUGUGGUUUAGAGCAUCUUACAAGCCAUAAUUCCCAUGCCAUGGUAAAAGUCAUAGAUAAGUACUUUGAGAAUAGGUUUUCCAAUGGUAAAUGCCAAUCCACAAGAGACAUGUCAAAUCAACUUCGCACAGAAUUGGGUUGUAAGGUAAGCUAUUGGAAGAUUUAUAAGGGCAUGGAGCAUGAUACGUCUAAUGUUAGGGGAACACAAGAGCACGGGUAUGCAGUGCUUAAUGCGUACCGUUAUAUGCUUGAAGUUGCAAAUCCAGGAAACAAGACGACAUUGUCGCUCGAUGAAAAUGGGAGGUUCAAGUACUUCUUUGUAUCAUAUGUCGCUUGGAUAACUGGUUUUCAAGAAAUGAGAAAAAUAAUAGUCGUUAAUGGGACAUUCCUGAGGAGCAAGUAUGAAGGAGUUUUACUAUCGGCGGUGACACAAGAUGUUGAGAAUCAUAUAUUUCCAAUGGCUUUAUGUGUUGUGGACAAGGAAUGCAAUGCCUUAUAUGAAUAUUUUUUUCAAAAUAUGAGAAGCUUUGUAGAUGCUACUGAUGUUGUGCAUUAUUUCUGA